UAUCUGCUUUCAGAAUUGAGGGGGUUACUGUAUACAAUAGAUACUUUUCACAAGCAUUUGUAGGAAAUACACUUAUUUGAAGUAUUAAAGCUAAAUUUGUGGUGGGCUCGAAAGGAUAACCUCAAAGAAUGUUUAAAAAGAGAAGAAGUAUGCUGGGUCGGAGACACCUGGCAGCUCAACAGCCCGUGCAGACGAGAACAGCUGUGCCGCAGGCAACAACUUCAAGCAGUGGUGAGAGAUGCAGCGGUGAGAGAUCCAACGACAGUUGGCGGGGAAGAUCAGCAAAGAAGAGAACGCCACAUCAAUUUGAUAAGACCCCAAAGGAUUUUAAGGAUUUUAAGAAAUGCUUGUUCACCAAAAGUCCUGGAUUCAACUUCACGGUUGGCUACAGAUCACAGGCUCAAGAGAGAAAUCUCCAUUCAUCUAAUGAAAAUUUUCUGAAUGAGACAGGUAUAACCAGCAUAGCCCCAACACCGACGACGACUGACAGACUCACCAAAACGCCUGCCACUCUUCAGCGACGCAGAAUAGAACUGGAGAGUUUACGCUACGGACCAUUGCCUACUUCUGCCUCCAUCAAACCAGCACCCUCUACUUCUGUGCAGCCCAAACCAUCAUCUUACAUCAGCAACCGUGAAGACUUGAAACCACCAGACUUACCAGAGACUUCUCGUCUGGACAGGAUUCUUUUGGAAGAAAAACUGUCAAAAACAUCAUACUCGAUUGAUUUCAACAACCUAAAACCUCCAAACUCCCCGGAUGCUUCUCGUUUUGCCAGGCUCAUCAUGAAAGAGAAAUUGCAACAACCCUUGGAUCCGGAUUUAGAUAAAAUAGAACGUUUAACCAUUGUGGAUCCCAAUCCUCAACUGCAGUUUUCUCCCCCUUUAUCGUCCACCUGCAUAGGCAGUCCUGACUCUGGAAAGAAGAAUAUUACACUGACGGAGGACAUGAAAGAAACAGUGCUAAAUAGUGGGAGAAAACUCAGCACUAUCAACGAGGAUUGUGAUGUGUCCGUGAUUGAGUUUGAGCUAAAUGAACGGACGAUAACGGACCUAGACAAUACUUUGAUGAACACCACUAUCAAUAACACAGUCAAGUACAACCAUAUCACACCCUUGGAAAAAAUCCCAGAGGACCCGUCUGCGUCAAAUUGUGAAACAGACCUGAAGAAAGAAUCUGAACCUAGUUUGGAGAAAAUAAUCUCUGACCUGAACGAUAUGGAACAAGCUUUAAUGAACAGGGCAGCACAACGUGUAAAUGCUUUGCAGAAACAGUGUGAAGCCAUCAAGAGGGACAUCCAAGACAUCCAAGAUGAUUGUCAACAAGAUGUCGUCAAGAUUAGAGCCAUGAAGAAAAUGUUGGAAUCUUCAAGACGUUCUUCAAGUGAAAACAAAGAAAACAGCUUUAAGUUUAAAGUACCGACCACCAAGAAGGCGCUAUUGCAGGAGGAAAGUAAAUGGCUAAACAGUGUGAAAAAAGAAAAUCCCGGUUUACUUAAAACCCCGAACGCGAGUAGAAAAAUCACCAAACAAUCCGCAUCAUGGACUCCGCAUUCUCUAUCUAGAGCUCUAUGUGAGCAAAUGAGUGAACUGUACGAGUAAUAGUCUAUGUACCUGUAGCGGUGUUUCGUAACAUUUUCAAGGCUGGAAAACUUGUUUUAUUGUUAAGGUUAAUAUACAACUCUCAAUAAUUUUUAAACAACACAACGUUAUCUGUUAUUGAAGCUGUGAUCAUUUUGUAAAGUUUAAAAAGCAGUUUAAAACUCUUAAAAUUUUAUAAUCAAUUUUAAA